AUGCGGCUGUUACUCUUGGCUCUUCUUCCAUUGGCCUUGGCCAAGUCCGUCUUGGUCACUUUCCCUGAGGGUACCCCCGAUGAUGUGAUCGCUGAGUCGAAGGAAUCCAUGGAGAAGGCUGGUGGAACAAUCACUCAUACCUUUAAUCUGAUUAAGGGCUAUUCCGCCGAGGCUCCCGAUGUGGCGAUCCAACAGGUGUCCCCCCAGUCGGGCCCUUAUAAGGCCGCAGUCGAGGAGGAUUCCCCUGUGUCCAUUUCUUAG